AUGUCCGCAAGUCCAUCACCCACAAUCCUCUCGCCUAAUAUCCUAAUAGAGGAGGAGAGGAUUCCUGGCUACAACCCGAAGAAUUUCUACCCAGUAAAUCCAGGGGAUAUCCUCAACAACAGAUAUAGAAUCGUGGCCAAGCUUGGAUGGGGCACUACUUCUACCGUAUGGCUAGCUCAAGAUCCUCCACAGUGGUGGUGGAACUCCAACCGCUAUGUGACCCUAAAGAUAGCCGUCUCCGGCUUCACCGAUGAAGAUACAGCAAAACAUGAGCGAAAUAUAAGUCGAUCCCUUGAGACGAAUCCAUCGCACAAAGGCUUCAACUUUGUGAGGAUUAUGCUCGACAGUUUCGAAGCUAUAGGGCCGGAGGGUAAGCACUUAUGCUUGGUCUAUGAGCCGAUGAGAGAGCCCCUUUGGCUAUUUCAACAGCGCUUGCCGGACGGCAAAAUCCCACCGCCGCUUUUGAAGGUGUACUUGGGAUUCUUCUUGCAAGCCCUCGAUUAUCUUCAUUCUGAAUGUCACGUCAUCCACACAGACCUCAAAAUGGACAACAUCUUAGUGGGAUUCGAGCACCCAUCUGUGCUCGAAGAAUAUAUAAAAGAUGGCAGAUCGAUCUAUCUAUCACCUAAUGAUUUUGGGCCAAUGAAAUCAUUCCGUGUGAUACCGAAGAUAGCGGACUUCGGUUCAGCACAACCAGGAGAUAGUUCGGAGCCUUUGAGAUUCCCUAUUCAGCCACCUCUCUUCCAUGCUCCAGAAGUCCUAUUGGGUACGGGCUGGACAUACAGCGCAGACAUCUGGAACCUCGGUGUAUUGAUUUGGAACAUGAUGGAGGGCAAGGAUUUAUUCAAACAUAUUCGUUCUAGCAAAGGAGAUUACGAUGCUCGAGCACAUAUUGCGGAAAUGAUUGCGUUACUAGGCCCUCCACCGAAAGAACUUCUUGAUCGAGAAAAAUUAUGGGGCGACAUUAAAUGGGACAAUGCUGUUCUAAACUCAGAUAGCAAGCUUUGUCACACUGCUCGCGAGUAUUUUGGAGGGCCUUUCUUCAACUCUGAAGGCGAGUUCAUGCAUAAGGAUCUAAUUCCGACGGACGUUAGCUUAGAGGGAUCGGUCUAUUCUCUUGAAGGGGAUGAUAAGCAGCUCUUCCUUAAUUUCGUAAGGAAAAUGCUUCAAUGGUUACCAGAACACAGAAAGACCGCUAAGGAGCUCCUCGAAGAUCCGUGGCUGGUUCUGUAAAUCGGCGGAUGAAUGAAUCCAUUUCUAUGGGGAAAAGAGCACCUGCAACUCACGAGCAAGGUUUUACAAUAAUUUUUACAAUGUGGUGUUAAGGGAAACAAUCCGAGGAAUUACUACUAACAAACCCUCAAUGGCUGAGCGGUAGCGAGGCGAUAAAUUAGUCCACUUGCUUUUGCGUUAAUAAACUGAGACGCUUUCUAAUUAGUCUGUUUCUUCUUAUCUUAUAAAAGCUGAUGUUAUAUAACUUUAUUUAGUUAUUACCUUCGUUCUUUAUAGUAUAUUAAGUAAUAUUUUCC